AUGGAAAACUCGGAGAUGCGCCGCCCUUGGUCCUUUGGGAAGAAAAUCCUCUUCAUGUUUCUGAGCCUAGGCGCAGGUAUACUAUGCGCUCUAGGGCAGCAUUUAUUCUACAAUGGCCUGGAUGGAAAGCCACCUCCGGAUUCAUCAUUGGACGUCUGGCACGGAGUGUCCAAACAAAAGGUCAAUAUUGCAAUUGGUAACGCUCUGGCCUUUUGCACCAAAGCCUUCCUGGCGGUUGCCAUUGCAGCUGCGCAUGAUCAAAUCAGCUGGAGAGCAAUAAAAAGCCGCCCUGCGGAGAUUGGUCUGAUAGACUCUCUGUUUUCGUCCAGAGAUGACUGGAUGAGCGCUCUCAACGCUCGAAUGUGGUGGCACAUGCCUUUUCCGGCGUUUCUGCUCCUCUUGUUCUGGGUGCUCCAGCUUGCACCGCUCAUCACACCCUCCGCGCUCACUAUCAAGACGGCGUGGCUGAACACGACGGAAAGCACUCGCGUGUCCCAGGCUGACUUUACAAGCAUGAACUUUGUGUCGGUUUCCUGGACUUAUACGGAUAUUUAUAGAGCCUUGGACAGGACCGAAUGGCAGUCGACCGACUUGGCAUACGAAAAGCCCCAAUUCUCCGUAAAGAAGGCUGUCCAGGGCUCUCUGAUCUCAAAUGCGGUCCUGUCAAUCCCUGCCCCCUCGGUGAAUUCCUCGUGGAAUCUGGACUUCCACGGCCCGGCUUUGAAAUGCACAGCUCUCACCAACGACAGCGAUGGAUCACUCAGAACUCGCAUCUUCACACAGUAUGCCGAGGCGUGGAAUUAUGGGGCACUUGGCACAUGGAUGACAUAUCUCUCCUGGCUCCCUUCUGGGACGGGGGUGAAUAGCAGCUUACCGUACACCUUCUCUGGAAACGACUCAUGGACUCCUCGCUCAACGAUAGCCGGCGGCGAGCCGCUUGCGCUUUAUGUUAUGGUUCUUCCAAAGGAUUCGCCUCCAGAUCCACAUCACAACAUCACUACCGAGGGCAUUGUCGACUACAUGAAAGAGACGACAUAUGUGUGGCAGAUUGCACUGCAAAAUGUUUCAUACAACACCAAAUUCAGCUAUCCAAAUGGAGUCCAGGAGAUAACGCUCAACACCUCGGAUCCCUUGAAUAGUGUGGAUUAUUUGUCCGGAUACAGCUCCUUUGUGGCAACAUCAAGUUUGACCUAUGACCCAAACUUGACCCAGAUUGCACUGAAUCAGUCGGCCGUCGAGAAUUUCGCCUAUCAAUCGGUAAUGGACGCAUUCUCAUCCAUGUUCGUGGGAAAUGUCACAAUCGUGGACUCAAGUGUUGGAGACACGGUUUCAACCCAGCUGAAUAUGCGAACGAAUAUGGACAUGACGCCUUUAAUCCACGCCAAGGAGAUGGCAAAUAUCUCCCAGGCACUCGGAUCGGAGAACUCAAACUUCGGUAACGUGGACUGGGAUGGGAAAAGUGUGUACCAGCAAGAGACUACAACACGGUCCGUGACGGACUUGAUGGAAGAGAUGUUUCAUAACGCCACCCUCAGCUUGAUGAAUCAAGCUUCUUUGAAUCCCAACAUCUCGUCUCCAUACGCACCACCAGAAGUUGACGUCCAUAAAUGGACUUCUCAGAGCGUUUACGCGUAUUCACCAAGCACCCUCUGGAUCACUUACGGAAUCGCCAUCUUUAUUUCCACCGUUAGUGUCUUGGCAGGGUCAGCUGUGGUGAUAACGUCCCAGGCUGCGUACACCAGCCAAUUUUCGACGUUCCUCCGAGUCUCGCAGAACAUCUAUCUGCACGACAAGGUGAUUGCACCUCAGGAUAGGAGCGGCAAGGACCCGCUACCUAAGUAUUUGCAGAGAAUGGUAGCAGGGUUUCCUCAAGAAGGCGGGUCGGAGUUGGAGCAGAAAGGCGAAAUGCAGAACUUGCGGGGAACGGGAGGCAUAAAUGGCAUUGAGAUCUCAGAACACAGUGACCAAAGGUAA